GAGAAGAGAGGAAGAACAUGUAAAUAAAAGAGAAAAGGCGGAAGGUACUUGUGUGUCACCGUCGCGUGCCGUCUGUCUUAUAUCUUCGAUCUCACCUCAGUGUGUAUUUGAUCUUCUAUCCAAUCUUAUUGAUUUCUCGUAUUCCGUUCAUUCGAUUCAUGCGAUCGACGGCGGCACUAGAUGUGUAGGUGGUUUCACUCAGCGAGAGAGCGCUUGUAGGCUGAAAGAAAAGGCGGGAAAGAUCUUUCUUGUGGAACGAUUUUAGCGCGGGAGUUGUUCAGUGGAGGACUACUGUAGGCGGGAAGAAGGAAGGGAGGCAGAUCGUUCUUGUGGCACCUCGGCGGUUGUUGAGGCGGACUUGUGUUUUUUUUUCGUCCUUCCUUUUUGCGACUUGCUUCUUCUCCGGCGGGUGCGGAGGCGAACUGCGCGCCAUUCUCCGGCGGGUGCGGAGUCGAACUGCGCGCCAUUCUCGGAGGGGGGAGAGAGGCAGUGGUGAGCGCAAGCCGUCGAAGUCGGGGAAUCAGAAAGUGCAUGUUGGUGGCGAGCAGGUAUAUAAUAGGAGAGUGAAAGAUAGUAAGGGCAUUGAUAGAGAGGGUUGUGGAAGUGGGGUGAGUACUAGUUGUUUAACGGGUGACAGAGUCCAUCUACAGGAGAAGGAGCUUGUAGGGUAAUCGAAAGGUAGUGGCAAUGGGGCGGUCGCCCCUUAGAAUGGCGGCUCUCGCCGCAUUCGUCGUCUUCGCCGUCCUGUCCUGCGCCAGAGAUGUGAGUGGGAUUGGAUGCCCAGCAAAUAGCUCAGCCGAUUCGUUGCGUAUGGUCGCUGAGUACAUGCUUCACAGGCCGGCUGAGACCUUCGGGGAACUCUAUUUCGAUGAAUUGCGAAGUGCACUGCUCUUCACUGUCAACUCGGAAGUGUGGCGGAUUCCAAUAGACUCGACAUCCACUCAGGUUUUCGUGUGCAACUCCUCGGCGCAAUCAUACGAAAAUGCGAAGGAGUUCGCUGUUGAUAUAACUUCUGGGGUUGUCCAUGUGGGAGCCACCGAAGCGUGGUACAGCCCAGUCCUCUAUUCGAUCGACUACAAUGGCUUGCAACUGGAGAUGAAGGGUAAGGUCUCCCUCGGCGGCUUUGUAGGACAGUGGGCCGGCUCUCCCACCUGCGUGCUUUACGUCAAUUCCACGAAAACGAUUGUCACAGUGUUCCGACAGUCGGGGGUUGUCGUCCUGAACGGAUCGAAUCCUUACCAACCUCAACCGCUUACGUCCAUUCAGGCCGCAUCUUUCGGAGGGGCAAAUUUGACGUCAUGUAUUCUUGAUGAGCGGUCAAACAAAGCCUAUAUUAUCGGGCAAAAUUUCAGCUCCACUCUGGUCAUCACCUUGGAGUUGGGAUCAUAUGUGAUCUCUAGCACGCAGGCGCUUCGUCCUGAGAUGUCCGGCGCUAUGGAGACGAUUGGUGUUGUGUCUCCUGAUAACAACAAGCUGUAUUUGGCCAAUUCCAACUUCAGUCAGUUCGUUCAGGCUGACCCAAAUAUGGUUUCCGCGGGGAUGUACGUGAACUACACUGCUCCUGGUGCUUACUUCCAUUCAGUAGCUACAGAUCCGUUCCGCAAGCUCAUCUACUACUUCUCUUCAGACACCACCGCUCCCAUUUUCAGUCUGCGAUCGUAUGAGAACAUCCCUCCACUGGGCCCCACACGCAUCCUGCCCCUCUUCUACACUCCUGCUACAAGCCUUCCGCUCACCUACAUCGGCAGGAACCUGACCGUUUACAAGGCUACAUUCGCUAAGUAUCAAGACCUUGCGUUCUUCGUCACGGACCCACGGGGUCCUUCUCACGGCGCUAACGUUGUGGCGGUUAGCACUUCCUCCUGCCCUGAUGGAAACUCUGUCUGUGCAAGUGUCACUCAGGGCAAUUGCGGCUGUUACGCCAAUCCUUACUCUGUGUAUGCCACUGCUGACGUCUCAUGCAGCGCCUGGUAUAAUUACACUGCUCGUGACGCUUAUCCCACCAUACCAUGCGCCUUCCGUCGCUGAUAUCCUUGUCCCGUUGUUUUUAUCUCCAUCGUUCACGUAUGUUUGCACCCAUUCCACUUUCGUUGAAGAUUGAUUCCCCCUCUGCCAUCCUCAUCUCCGUCAAUCAAGACACUUCCUUGUGCCUCUCCGUGGCCCAUUGGUCACUAUUUUUCUUCUCAUAACGCGGGCCAUACCUGAUUCUGUGUGUGUGUGUGUGUGUGUGUGUGUGUGUUGUAUCCACUAAACACAGCUCCUGUGUAUCUGUGGGCAUGCAUACCUCUCUUGCCUGUGCGCAUUCAUUGAGCUCUCUCUCUCUCUCUCUCUCUCUCUCUCUCUCUCUCUCUCUCUCUCUCUCUCUCUCUCUCUCGCGCGCGCGCGCGCGCGCGCGUCUGUGUCUCUUCUCUCUCUCACUCAGACGCACUCUGGGCUGAUUGUGGCGAUGGGUGCUGGUGUUGGUAGGGCGGAAGAAUGGCCGUCUGUGGGUCGAGUAGUAAAGGAAAGCACCCUUCCCUCUCUCUGUUCACUCUUAUCUCUUACGGGCUGGUUUCUCAUGGAGGUCUGUCUGGCAUUGGUGCUUUUGCCUCUGGUGGGCAGACCGAGGAUUCCUUGUCUGUGACAUACUUGUUGAUCAGAAGGGAAGAUGAGGACCAAGUAUACUAUAUUUUUAUUAUGAAGGAAGGAAUAUGAUGACUUGAAGUGCCAACUUGUUUUUUCCUUAUAGCGUAUCUGCAGUGAGAUAAGCUGAAGUAGUACCAUCAUCAAAUCUUGGGGAAGGAUGUAAAUUGCCUGUCACCGGGAAGAUGAGGACCAAGUAUACUAUAUUUUUAUUAUGAAGGAAGGAAUAUGAUGACUUGAAGUGCCUACUUGUUUUUUCCUUAUAGCGUAUCUGCAGUGAGAUAAGCUGAAGUAGUACCAUCAUCAAAUCUUGGGGAAGGAUGUAAAUUGCCUGUCACCGUUUUAGUCAUGAUGUUAGAUNGGGACCAAGAGAAACGGUCGGGGGGGGUGGUACUGUUGGGGCGGUGCAGUUCAAAGUGAGUUUUGCGGUUUGCACUUUUUUUUUUUCCCUUGUGCAUUGAGAGAGAGAGAGUCUUCUUCCAGGGCUAGCUUUGCUAGCAGCUGAGAGGUUUAUAUCCAGUGUUCGGAGUAGAGUGGUAGUGUAUGAUGAGGCGGAGGGAAAAAACUUGGAUUUUCUGGCAUACACAAUAUUGAUAGGAAGGGAGAGAGGAUUGAGAAAGCAGCAGCUUGUGACAUUGUGUUGGGAGUAGGAAUAUUUCCAAUGCAGCAAUAUUUGUUGCAGGCACGGGGGAUUAUGGGGGAUUAUGGGGGAUUAUGGUGUAUUUGUUGCUACAUAGUAAGAGGUAGGCUGACGGAAUGACGAGGGGAUAGAGAGAGCUGAGACUUGAGAGCAUGAAGUGUCGGAGGUUGGCUAUGUCUUCGAGUGCUGGGGCUAGACAUUUUGUAGAGGAAAGAGUUGGCGUUAGGUGCACAGUCGUUCACAUCCUAUUUUAUGAUAAAGGUGGGUGGGAGAUUGGUUUCCAUCACUGUACCUCGAAGAGCUGUAGUGGCAGAAAUAGGUGAUAACUUCUUUUGCUGUUGUAGAUGAAACUCAGGUGCGGCGCACUGUCGCUUUCCACUCCAGCAUUGGGACCAAGUUUCUGCCUGGCGUUUGGGUAUAAUCCUGUACGCCUGGCGUUUGCGUGUGAAUCAUCUACGCUCUUUAAGACGUUAUUUCCGCCUCUCUUUGCAUCCGUCAUGCUGUUGGGAAAGGCUUGAGCUGAGCUUAACUUCGAGGUGAGCUUAACUUGGAAGAAGAAACCUUUCUCUGGAGUGUUCUGGUGCAGAGUUGGUUGUCGUCGUUUGUACACCUGCACUGUCUGCACACAGUGGCAGAUGGGUUUACUCCCUUCCAGAAAGGGGAUUUCAGGUGUGCUUACUACCUGGCAGUGCCAAAAAAAGUGGGUGACUGUACGUAUCUGAUGGACCAGCGACAUUGAUGGGAAAGGUAUGAUCGG